UAUCUUCAUUACCUGGUCAUACUCAACGGCUGCAAAUGUGAGGUUCCUACAUUUGACAGCAAGUUCUUUAAGCUUCUGUGAACCUCAACUUCUCUACGUACCUGUAAAGCCUCGACUGCGUUCGCAUCUUUAAAUAUUCAGUUACUAUACGUAGUUUAGUUAUUAAUUAUCUCGGGCGCCUGAGCGUGGCCCAGGGAAGCGAGGAUGGCUCCGUCUUACGCGUUAGGAACACAUCAACAGCAGUCGUCUACUUCACACCAGCCAAGGAAGCGGGAAGGCGGUUUGCUGACCCGUCUCUUUGGAACACUGAGUUCAUCCAUCCGUCAGUCCAGCUCAACGAGACGGCAGGGCGCUGGGUCGUCUUGCUACACAGCGGCCAUACCAACGUUGCCAUCAGCACAUGCGCAAUCGGGAUGUGUGGCAUGCUCGGCGGCUGCUAUGAGCCAGCAGACCAGUCAAGCAGUUGGGCAAAACUGCUGCAGCAGCGCGCCCUUCCUCGGAUACGCAACCGACGUUAACACGAAAUACUUGUUUGGACACGAAUUGGGCAAAGGCGGCAACGGCGUUGUCCGUGUCGUAAGGAAUCGGCAGACUGGGGAGGAAUUCGCCUGCAAGUCAAUACGGAAGGUGCUUGCAGACGCUUCGGAAAAGAAAAAACAAGGCCACAUUGAAAGCAUCCGUCGAGAGGUCCAGGUACUCCAAAAGCUCCGCGGCAGCCUCAACAUCGUAAAGCUGGAAGAUGUGUACGAAGAUGAGGAGUGCGUGCACAUCGUCAUGGAGCAGUGCCGCGGCGGGGAGCUCUGGCACCGCAUCGGGGACCGCCACUACAGUGAACGCACGGUUGCCAGCUUCAUGCGUGCCGUACUUCGCACGCUGGCCCAGUGCCACGCGCAGCACAUCCUGCACCGCGACAUCAAGCCCGGCAACUUCAUGCUGCUCACGGAGGACGACCGGGCGCCGCUGCAGGCCAUUGACUUCGGACUGGCGGCGCCGUUUGAUCCGGAGCAGCUGCCGCGGACAGAUCUGGGGCUGGAGGGGACGCCCUGGUACAUGGCGCCAGAGACCCUGCGCGGCGACUGGCUGCCCGCCAGCGACGUGUGGUCCGCGGGCGUGAUGGCCUACCAGCUGCUCAGCGGCCGCUUCCCAUUCGACGACAAGAAGAACGUGUACGCGCCGGCAAUCACCGCCAUUUGGCGCUCCGUGCUGAACGACCCGCUGGACUUCUCCUCCUCCAGCUGGGCGGGCAUCAGCGAGCAGGCGCGGGACUUCUGCCGGCUGCUGCUGGCGCGCGACCCCGCCGCGCGCCCCUCCGCCAAGGAGGCGCUGCGGCACCCCUGGCUGCGCGGCGACUCGGCGGAGCGCUCCACCGGCAGGCGGCUGGCGCAGUCGGUGGUGGCGCGCAUCCAGCGCUUCGCCAGCGGCAGCGCGUUGCAGCGGUCGGUGCUGCAGGCCAUCGCGGAGGAGCUGCUGCAGCACCCGGAGCUGCUGGCGGGGGCGGGGGCAGGGGGGGCAGUGGCAGGGGGGCCGGGGGCAGUAGCAGUAGCAACAGCAGGGGCGGGGGCGGUUGCCCCCGAGGCCACCUCGCUGGCCCCCCUGCUGCAGCAGCUGCGGCUGGAGGGUGCGGGUGCGGUGUUGAGUGAGGCGGAGCUGGGUGCGGCGCUGCGGCGCAUGGGGUUCAGGCUGGGUCCGGGUGAGGUGUCGCGGCUGAUGGCGGGUCUGGAUGUGGAGGGCAGCGGGCGGGUGGGCGCUGCGGGCGUGCUGGCGAGCCAGCUGGACUGGCGGCACCUGCAGCGGCACCACACGGAGCUGUGGCUGCAGCUGGCGGAGAAGGCCUUCCGCUCCCUGGACACGGACGGCAGCGGAGUGCUGGAGGUGGGCGAGCUGCUGGCGGCGCUGCGGGCGCGACUGCCGCCCGAGGAGGUGGGCGCCGCGCUGGAGCAGGCGCUGCAGCAGGCGGCAGCAGGAGCGGGGGCAGGAGGGGCGGGGGCGGUGGAGACAGCAGCGGUGGCAGGGGGGGAGGAGGCGGGGCGGGGCAUCGACUUUGAGGGCUUUGUGUCAUUGCUGAAGAUUGGCUCCGUGGGCAGUCUGGACCUGUACGACGACCGCAUGAGCACCCGCUCGGGGGGCUCGGGGCAUGGCGCGACUGCCGCCUCCUCCCUGGACCGCUCCUACCACAGCGGCAGCCUGGGCGGGGGCAGCCUGCGGGGCGCUGCAGCAGCCCUGCGCAGUGGGGACUGGAGCCGCCACGGCAGCAGCAGCAGCAGGGACAACAGCACCCGGGGGGGCGGGGCGGCCUCCCCGCCUGACAGCGCACUGGGGAAGUCGCAGCGGGGCGGUAUCGUGUUCCGUUUUGACACGAACCCGAGCCGGGCCCCUGUCGCAGCCGCCACUGGCGGCAUCAGCAACAAGGGUGCAGGUGCGGCUGGAGGCCUGGGCCCGCAGGGCGCCUCCUCCGCCUCCGCCUCCUCCGCCUCUCCUGCCGUCCGGCCGCUUGCAGGUGGGGCGGGCGGUGGUGGUGGUGUCCCGGCCGGGGGCAUGGUGUGGCGCUUCGACGUGGGCGGCCCCGCUGCCGCACCUCCGCAGCCGCCACCCGCGGCGCCCCUCUGGCGCUUCGACGUGGUAGGUGGCGGUGGCAAGGCGGCAGCCAGCCGCAAGGCAGCAGCAGCAGCCACCGCGACCCCCACCUCGGCCGCCACCCCUAUAGCCGCAGCCGCGGCCGCCGGGGCGGGCGGCAGCCAGCAGCAGCAUCAGCUGCUGCGGCCCAGCGAGGUGGGCGGGUUGAUCAGCAGUCUGGGUCGGCGGGGCGGCUACUGUGACCGGCGCAUGCACGGCAGCGACCUGUACCACAAUGUGGCGCUGCAGGCGGCGGGGGCGGGGGGGCAGAGGCUGGAAGUGGUGGCGGAGUGAGGGAUGUAAGGGGGUGGAGGCUGGAGGCGGUGGUGAAGUGAGGGAUGUAAGGGAGUUGGAGGGAUGUGGAUGAUGGAUGUAGGCAGUGGCGGGAGUGGGAGGUAGGAACGGGUGCAUGGAAGCUGAGGUGGGUUGGCAUGGAGCGGGUGUCAGAGCGGCAACCUGUGUAGCUGUGUUGGCGUGCAUGCACCCACACUCGGUGGCUGGAGGGUGGAGGCAAGCGCUGUAGAUGGCGGAGUACAGGAGGCGAGUACAGGAGGGGAGCAUGCAGUUGGUGUUGGUGUUGGUAUGAUGCUGGGGCGCUGUUGGUUGGCGCCGGUGGGCGGUGGGCGGCAGGGGCGCAGCACGUCUUGCCAAGCAAGAGCAUCGUGCGUGCCAGAGAUUUUGACACAUAGCAGCGGUCAAUGCGUAUUUUUGUAGGCUAUCUUGCUGUUGCACUGUUGCGUUUUUCCUGUAGUAGUUCACCUUUGUUGGUCCUGUUUUGUUGACGUGCUGGUUAUAGUAUGAAGAAUGCCGUGCAAACCCAGUCAUGCAUCGCAGCUGGUCGAACCUUCAUCCUCAUCUAUAGUAGUAUAGCUAUUACAGCGAAAUGGAGUGGCUUUGCAAAACAGUUGACCCGGUGGGGUCUUGCGGGCGUUCCUUUUGUUGGUUUCCGGCAGUUGGGUGUGCCCGGACAUUCCUUUUGGAGAGAGACGUGUGAGCAAUGGUAUAACAUUGUCGCAUGACUGUUCCUUGCACGCAUGCGUUACGUGCUUGGAGUUUUGUGGUAUCCUAUGUGUCGCUGAUUUGAGACUGGCCUAUUGUUGUCUCGGGGCGAGCUUUUGAAAAACUUGUGAGGGGAAAGAGUUGGUGCCUGCAACGGUGUAGUGUGCAAACAAGGUGGACACAGAUGUUUAAGGUUGAGACUACGACGGUAUCUAAGCGUCUUCGGGCCCCCAACUUUUGUUCUUUACCUAGAAAAGUAUCCUUGGC